CCACCGCCUGUCUAUUUCAAUUUAAAAAGAGGCACUACAAAGCAUUUUGCAAUGAAGCGUCCACCGAAAUACAGCGAGAGAAUGAAACAAUAAUUAGAAGGAGGGAGCACAGUAAGAAGAAGAGCCAAGGUGCGUGUGAUAGCGCUGAGACGAAAGUGACUGUGAGAAGGGAUUUGAAUCAAAUGCGAUGGUGUUCAGACCUUAAAUGCCGCUUUUAGUCCAAUUGUAGAAGUAUGGUGUAGCCAGUGGUUAAUGGAGUGUCUGUUUGCCGGUCGCAGUCGUUGGGCUGUCAUGAGAUACUAACAGAACUGCCAUCAUGAUGUUUGGAAGCACUUGGUCCCUUGUUCUCUUGUCUCUUGUGGGCCUCCAUGUAGUUGUGCCAGAGGAAGUCAGCAAGGCCACUCUGCUGGACUCUCUCCCAGAUGGAGGCCAACUGCAAGGCCCAACUGUAGUGACCGUUAGAACUUCUUUCAUGGGUGCAGUGGAGUUUGUGGAUAGUUCAGAUUUUGCCAUUUUGGUCAAUGCAAGUGCGCCCUCUAUGGAAGAAUUGGCGGGAGUUCAGUAUAGCUACAAUUACAUGGAUGGAGAGUUGUUGCUGCAAGUGCAUCAAAACCUACUACCAGAAGAUAAUUCAAGCAUCAUAGUGAUCAUUAUUAUCGUCAUCUGUGUGGUGUGCCUCAUGGUGUUUCUGGGAAUGCUGGGAUAUGUGGCAUACUGGUUGAAGUACGAGAGGACAAACUAUAUCAAGAAGUUGCCCCCCACGCCUAAAAUAACCAUAUCCCAAAUAUCACACCCACAUCUUGCUUCCAAUGGACCUUCCCAGCAUUCAAAGCUAAAAGAGACCAAUAGGGAUGCAUAUGACCAAUCUGACCUUGACCUUGAUGUAUCGCAUGAACUUGAAAGACUUCAAUUACAGAAGAUUGUUUUAGAACAACGUUUGAAAAAGAUGAAAAAAAUUGAACAAAUUGCUGAUCUGCGCCAACAGAUUAGUAGUAUAAACCAUGAUUUAAAUGAGGGAGGUGUAAAAAAUACCCAAAUUGGUCGCCCCCACAUUGAGGGGGGCCUUGAGCAAAGAAGGGGCCACCUCGAACUGGCCCGACUUGCUGAUGAGCAACUUAAAGCAGUGUACACACAAAAGUAUAAGCAAGCUAAACAAGCUAGAUUGGUAAGAAAACUUUCUCAGGAGGCCCCUGCAGUAUUUGAAAAUGUUGAGGAAGAAGACUUUGAACUGACAGAGGAAGAAGAAGAAGAUGAGGAAGAUGAAGAAGUGGAUGGUGAGACGCAGGUUCCCCUAGUGGUACGAGCGCGUAAAAACAAGAGUGAAAACCCAAACAGGAUAGAAGUGGUCGUAUCUUUAAACUCUACUCCAACCAAGAAGAGGCGACCAAGGUCCCGCCCAUCCAAAUCUUCAGGUGACGAUGCAGCAUCUUCAGACGGAGAAGCUACGAGUUCUACAAGGAGCACACACUCAGUGAAAAGGUCAGCUUCUUAUCAGAGGUUGAAAGGUCAAAAAUCAAGGUCAGUUUCACAUAGUAAACUCCAGUCACAGGAGAGCAGUCCUGUUGCUAUGGAAAGAGCAUCAGCUGCAUUAAAGAAUGAUGGGAGGGGAAAGGAGAAUCGGGGAGUGGGGAAUCUUGCCGGGGAGAGAGAAAAGCACCCUGUUAAAAUCACGGUGGAACAUCCACAUCCAACCAACCAGCUGCUUUGUGAGCCUUCACAGACCUUGAGUGAUAGCGACACUGACAUGAAGAGGCUUAGCGCCAUUGUCAGCUCUGAGCCUGACUCGGACCACAGCAGUAGUAGCGUGUCACAAAGGAAAACUCUCAGCAGCGAUGACACAGGUAGUGGUACCCCGCGUCAUACACGAAAAGGCCUUGGCGCUGACGAGUUGUCAUGGGACUCAGAUUUUGACUACGGCCUCCAUGACAUGGUGGAUGAUACCCCUGUGACCUUUGACCCAGAAGAUGAUGAUAUGGCGCUUUUCGAUGAUAUUCUUCUGCCCAGCAGUCAAAUGAACUUGGCAGACAAUCUCAGCAAUGAGGAAAGAGAAAGGGCACUAGCCAGGGCCCUCAGUGAAGAGAGUUCGGAAAUCCAAGAAGGAAAACGGAUUGAUGCCCGGGACUUGUACUUGCCACUAAUGCGGGAGCCAAUGAGAAGUCCCAGUACAACCAGACACACUUACGUCCCUCCUCAUUCACCAUCUGGCCGACGGCCAUCUUGGAAAUUGGCCAGACUUCCCAUUGGGGUGGAAUUGAAAGCGCUGAGCCGUAGUGUUGCUAGUAGCACAGGGACAGGCAGCAGCAGUGAAAGUGUGGUUACUAUAGUAACAGCUGAUACCCCAAAGGGAACACCCACCACCCCCAAGGGAACCCCAACAACCCCUGUGCAGGAUGCCCCUUGGGACAAGGGCCUUCACUCCCCAGAGACGAGGCAUCGCAAUAACAAUAAUGAGCUGAUCAAGAGAUUUGCGGCAGCACAGACAAAAGCUGACUCUAAGGUUCAUAGGCCAAGACAUAUUAAUGGAGGUGAUAAUCAUGAACCUGUUAAUGGAAAUCUUUCAGAUGAAAUGAGAAUUCUGCCAGAGGAUGGCAAAAAUAAGGCAAUUGGUAGGACAUCUAGUGGUGGCGGAAGAGGUGAAGGAGGUGGGGGUGGCGGACCUGCCCAAAAAAGGCUCCAUUUGACCACCCUGGCUGUGAUCAGCGUUCUAGGCCUCGUCACCGGGGUUUGUUGUAAUAAGUUCCAGGAUGAAACUCGUGUCCAAAUCAAGAUCUACAUGCCUGCACACUUCAUUUCGAAAGGAUCAGCAGUUUAUGCUAAAAUAGAGAAUCGCGUGGAACUGGUCAAUGGCAUGGAUCACACAGAGAUAAAUAUUUAUGAUGUUGAUGAUCCAUACCUCUCAGACAUUUCCUCUAGCCGAUGUCAUGGGAUACGCUGUGCCGACAAAUGUGAUGUCAAAACAGGCUCCUGUAUCUGUCGCCGAGGCUUUAGGCCAAUGGAAAAUGGAAUUUGUACUGAUAUAAGUGAGUGUAUUGAACUGGGCCAACUCUGCCAUCAGGAUGCUGUAUGUCGUAACACUAAUGGCGGCUACAAGUGCAUCUGUCUUGAGGGCUUUCACGGUGAUGGACUUUCAUGCACACCAUGCUUGCAGCAGUGUCCAUCAGGGCACUUCAAACACUCUGCAUGCAGCCCUACACAAGACAUGGUGUGCCAAUCUUGUUUGCCUAAAUGUAAGGAUGAUGAGUAUGAAUUUGUACCUUGUACAAACUUGACUGACAGAGUAUGUAAACCCAAAGAUGCCCUGAUCCCCCAGCUGUCUCCAGACACAGUCUAUGAGGACAAGAACAGGAAUUUUGGUGUGCGUUCCAGACUGUGGUACCUGGAAGAGGGCCAGUUCUCUGGAGCCAAAACCUACGCUUUGAGUAGAGGUACAGACCUGUCUAUCCAGAUCUCUGUAAAUGAGGUCAACUUGCUGCCUCAGUUCCGUGCUGUCCGCCAUGACAGGAAUAACGAGAAUGAUGCUUUUUACGGUGAUAGCAGCAUUCUAACCCAGUACUGUCCUCAUCCAAUGCCCCAGGAAUACGAUCUCCAGUUUGUCAUGCAUAAGGGAGCUGUUGUCAAGGCGACCUACAGAAACUGCACCCUGGCUCCAUCUGGUGGUAUGGUCUGCAAAGGAGGCUAUCACAUGGACCCAAGACAGCCCUGUCUCACAUAUAAGAAGUUUGGCUCUCCACCUCGCCUUCAUCCCACCUCGGUGGGCGUGCUCCUCUGUACAGAACCUAGCCAGCUGACAGAUUUGUAUGGUAUGAGCGAGGAACUAACAGAGGCAGAGACAGUUUUUGCAGACCCCACGGAAAGGUGUGCCACUCAGAGGGCAUCCUGCCAAUCCUGCAUCAAUAAAUGUGCAGAAGACCUGAAGAUGAAAGCACCAGAAAAAUGCCGAAUCACUGGGGAGGAUCCAGAUGAUGGCUGGUCCCCGCGCCUCCGCCAUUGCCAGAACUGCUGCCUGAAAGAAAAUUGUGCGCAGACUUGUAGCAGCCAUUCUGAUAGCGAUUGCCAGCCGGUCAAAUGUCUGAAAGGCAAUGUGGCAGAGCUUGUCUUGUCGCCAACUUUCUCCAGCCGAGCAGAGGACUUUCUGUGUCACAUUGAGCCGGCCCCAGAUUACCUGUACGAUAUUCAGUACUCUGUGGUGCAGGGCGGAAAGGUCUUACUGGACAGAGUGUUUAGAGCCAAGAAGAGAAUUAAUACUGAGGGGGAUUUGUGGAAUACGGUAGAUGUCCACCCCCUGCUUAAUGUCCACUACAGUACUGGGUUUGCUGUCCAGCCCCAAGUUCUCCAUGGCAACAGCCGACAAGGACUGUUUACGGUCAGCAAGUACCAGCCAGAGGGCCGACCUCUACAUGGACCAUUGACCAGUACCCAGAGGUUAAGGGUGCGGCCAAAAUUCCCCUGGGGUAUCAGCACCAAAACAUGGAGUCAGAAAUCCUGCGACAUGACCGCAUUGGAUGACUUCAUCCCAGGAGAGCCAAUCACAUACAGACCUCUCAGUGACAUCAGCGCCAGCUUCAUCGAAGGACAACGUUAUCGCUAUCGACUCCACAACACCACCGCUCAGCCAUAUAUUUUUUUUGAGCUGCCUCAAAACACCAGUGUGAUGGCCCUGUUUUUCCCAAGGGUUGAGAUUAUGGACGAUACAAGUUUGAGAGCAAGGCUUGAUAGAAAUGCGACUCACUGGCUGAUUCAUGCAGAAGGAAGAAUGAAGCGUGCUCCUGGUUUCUUCACCAUCAAAGUACACGAAGAUGAUUACCCUGAUGCUCCUCUCUUUAACAUGGACAUUGGUCAGACGGAUCACGAGGCCUUCAAGGUUCUCCUCCCUGUGGCAACAGGGUCAUCUGCUCUCAUGAGUAAGAGCGUUACAGUCGAGAUCAGUGGCAUCAACAACAAGGUUGCCUUCCGUCUUCACUGGGCAGGUGUACAUCCAGUGCAGGCUCAGAUACAAGCAUUAAAGACAAAGCCAAUGAUCGAAGCUGAAAAUGCUAAAGAUGGCGCCACUGCAGAGUUGUCCAAAUCACUCGUGAUUGGCCUUGGUGCAGUGAUUGGUUUCUUGCUGCUGCUUCUUGUCCUAGGCUCUUGUCUGUCAGAUGGUAAAGGGAUAGAUGUGGACAGCCGUUUCCACACCAGUCACUUGAUGAUGACAGUGAUGUAUGUGGUGUUCAGGACAGCCUAUUCUCUGGCUGUCACCUGUACCGUCUUUUUGUUUGUGUGGAUUUAUCUAAACAGUGGUCCAUUACAUACUCUGAGGCAGUACCCCAGUUUCCUGGUCACUGUCCAGUCUCUGCAGCAACUGGAGGCCCAGGAGGUCAACCAGUACUUAAUUAAGGAGCUGGACAAACAAAUGGUCAGUUUCAACCAGACCAGGACUAAGUGUCAGGCACACAUACAGGCCAUGCAGGACAAGAUGAUCAAGGCACAAGAGCAGCUGAAUGCCCAGCAGCUGCAGCAGUUAACAAGUCAAAGAGUGAGCCAAGCUAUGUAUCAGUAUGCCCAUAAAGCUAUGGAGGAGUUCACUGCCACUGUGACUAGGUCUAGGGCUGCAUAUAACAGCUAUGUGAGCAACACUGUCUCCAGGCUUUUGUUUGAUAUGAAGAAAACAGAAGAGAAUUUACUGUCCAUUGAAUGGCUGACAGGUGCUUCAAAAAUUUACGACGCUGUUAAAGAAAAGAGGACUCUAAAUGGAGUGACUACCAGAACCUUUUCUGAUUGGUUGGGAUUUAAAGAGAGAUUACAAAUGCUGGAAGCAAACCUUACCUUGCCAGAAAUGCCACUGCCAAACCUUCAGGACUUCAGAGCUCCAAUUAUAGAUGCCACCACAGUACAAUCCUCCAUUGCAAACAUCCAAGAGGUGACAGUCCCAAAAAACAUCUGGUUCGUUCACAGCCCAAAUGUAACCACAAACUCAAAGAAAAAUUCCACAACACAAGAACAAAGAUGGAAACUAGAGAGCCAAGGAGAAAUCAUUAAUUGGACAACAUUCCUAGUCCUGGUACUGAUAAUCGACUGUGUUUGGCUGAUUCAUCGUGUGGCACGAACAUACGUGACGGCACACAGACUGAUGUAUGGCACACCACAUUAUAUAGACUGUACAGAACACGAGGAUGAGGUCUCUAAGCCCAGUUGCUGUGGGGCAGCCAUGGAGUAUAACAUAAGGCUGAUGAAGACAGAGUUUGUCCCCAAGCUAGUGGGAGUGGGUUUGGUGUGUGCCCUGAUCUAUUUCCUCCUGGCCUCCUCCCAAGUGCUGAUAACUGCCAGUACCUUGUCUUCGCUGGGAUACUUCAAGGCUCUAACGUUACCAAUCUCAUCAGUAAGAGCCACCGCCAUGACACAACUUCGCGCCCAAGCCCAUCGUCUCAAUACAGUAGAGCUCCCAUCAUACGAAAAGAUCACCUCGGCACAUAUUGAACAGUAUCAGAUAAUUCUACAACUUAUGGAGGGCAUGGCCUGCCAACAGGGGGCAGACCAUCUCAAAGAUUAUUGUAUUGGAGGUCAAAGGUCAGGGGUCGCAGGUCAAGGGUCAAUGGACCUUGGGAGUUGUCAGACAGCUAGUUAUCAGACAGGUGCUGCAUUUAUACCUUGUGACAUUGGACUGGUGAAUGUGGAAAUGGGGAAGAGGUAGGCUGUUAUUGUUAAGA